UUGUUUGUUGACGAAGUGGCCCAAAAGAAGAGGUGUUGAAAGCAGGUCUCAUUUGACACAGAGUGUGUGUUGUAAGGGGAAGAACAACAAACCAAACCAAACCAAGCUUUUGCGUGCUCCAUCUCCUCCUCCUUCUUUCUCCCCACUCUGUUAGUGGUUCUCUCUAUCUAUCUCUGCUCCUCCAAAUAGUUCUAGUCCUACCCACUGUUCAUUAACCUCAUGAUGUGAGAUAUGAUGGUUAUUGCAUUUCAGAUAAAGCCAAUUUGUACUAAACCAAAACCAACCUUCUCUUCUGUUUCCGCCUUCUCAAUUUCCCCUCACAUAAAAAAGAGUCACUGAUUUUUCAAGCCAGAGUUUGGGGUUUUGCAUUUUCCGGUUAGGUUUUCCAAAAUGCCGAUGUUUCAGCCUUCUAAAAGGGACAUGGUGGCGGGAUUUGACGGUAGCGGCGACGGCCAGAUUCUAGAUCUGGACACCGCCGUCAAAGACGGUGUCCUAGGUGGGGUUGACGGCGGAGUUUUGGGAGGUGGGGUUUGUGAGAAGUUGGAUCUGGCGAACAUGAUUCAAGAGAUGGAGCUAUGUGAGGUUCCGAGUGUGUUCAUUUGUCCAAUCUCGCUUGAGCCAAUGCAAGACCCUGUGACUCUCUGCACUGGCCAAACCUACGAGAGGUCCAACAUUCUCAAAUGGUUCAACCUUGGCCACUUCACAUGCCCCACCACGAUGCAAGAGCUUUGGGAUGAUUCGAUUACGCCGAAUACCACGCUUUACAGGCUCAUUCACACAUGGUUCUCACAGAAGUAUAUGUUGAUGAAGAAGAGGUCAGAGGAUGUGCAGGGUAGAGCUUCGGAGCUUGUCGAGACUCUGAAGAAGGUGAAGGGGCAAGCAAGAGUUCAGGCUCUCAAGGAGCUUCAUCAUGUGGUGGCUGCUCAUGGGACUGCCCGGAAGACUGUGAUUGAUGAAGGUGGUGUUUCUGUUAUGUCUUCAUUGUUAGGUCCUUUUACUUCCCAUGCUGUUGGCUCUGAAGUGAUUGGUAUUCUUGUGAGUUUGACACUUGAUUCCGAAUCCAAGCGGAAUCUCACGCAGCCUGCCAAGAUUUCGUUGAUGGUGGAUAUAUUGAAUGAGGGUUCGAUCGAGACCAAGAUCAAUUGCACGCGGCUGAUUGAAUCGUUGAUUGAGGAGAAGGAUUUCCGGUCCGAGAUUAUCUCGAGUCAUAGUCUGUUGGUUGGGUUGAUGAGGCUUGUUAAGGAUAAGAGACACAGCAAUGGAAUUUCCCCUGGGUUGAGCCUUCUUAGAACAGUGUGCUUUUAUAAAGAAGUUAGGAUUUUGUUAGUGAGCAUUGGGGCUGUUUCUCAAUUGGUUGAAUUGUUGUCGGGUUUGGACCCUGAUUGUUUGGAAUUAGCGCUUUCUGUGUUGGAUUCGUUGGCGUCGAUACCUGAAGGAAGAGUGGCUUUGAAGGAUUGUUCCAACACCAUACCCAUCAUGGUGAGACUGUUGAUGAGGAUCUCAGAGAGCUGCACCCAGUAUGCAUUGUCAAUCCUGUGGUCCGUGUGCAAGCUCGCGCCCGAGGAGUGCUCGUUGAUUGCCGUUGAUGCAGGGCUUGCUGCAAAACUCCUCCUCGUGAUUCAGAGUGGUUGCAAUCCGCUAUUGAAGCAGCAGUCCGCCGAGCUUUUGAAGCUGUGUAGUUUAAAUUAUUCAGAUACCAUCUUCAUUUCCAAGUGCAAGCUUACCAGAACCAUCCAAUGACCUUGGACAGUAACCUUGUGGUGUCAACAAUUUGUAAAUUUUUGGGUCAAGAGUGGUAAAGUUCUGCAGUUUCUUAGACCACCAAACUCCAAUAAACCCCAAGACAUGAAAUGGGAUCGAGGGGUAAGUCUCUCCUGUAUAUACCUUUAGUAUUUUGAUUCCAACAAUCAAUUUGAAUGAAGAAGAAUCUUAUUGUGGAAAUUGCACACACUUGCUUCUGUGCCUUUGUUUUUGAAAUAAGCCCCAUCAAGAAGAUACUGGAAUUUUUUAUACUGCUCAGGGGUUGGUUUACAUGAAUGUAGAAGUCAUGCUGUUGUUGGAUAAAGAUACUUCUUAGGAGAGUGAUCAUACAGUGAAGAUGGGGCCUGCAAUUUCAAUUGUAAUUGUUGAGGAGUUGCUUUGCUCCAUGUCUUACUUCUAUUGUAUCUUCUUCCUCUUUGGGAUCAUUGAGAGGCCUCCAAUUUUUCCUUUAAAACAAACUGGGAAUUUUGCUUUUGAUCUCAAACGUGUAGAGAGACUGGAGAGCCUGUGGCCUUCAAAUUUUGUGUGUACAAUGGAAACAAAAAUUUCAUUUUUCA